AAUAUAUUGAACCAGCUAGCCUUCUUGGUGGAUAUAAGUAUAGAAAUGUAUUUGAACCAUUUGGCCAGCACCAAAUUUGUAUUUUUCCAACUUAUCCAAUCCAUCUCUGAUACAUUAUCAAGAAUAUCCACCCAAUCCAUAUCCACUUUCUGGUACUACUUAGAAACAAGAGAAGACUUGAUCCAGUCCCGCAUCUUCGAUAAAAAAAUGACCAGUGAUAGAAUAUCCUUAUUAGAAAUAUGCAAUGGGUUAACUGAUAAAAUAUAUACUGGGACCAAGCACAAGGACUCUUAUAGAAAAGAUACUUUUAACGAUAAAUUUCAAUUCAGGGUCCGAAUUUUCUUGACAAACAUUUUCCAGUUUGAAGAUAACACUGGGUUGAAUAAAUAUUUCACCUUGGCUAGUAGGGUUGUUAAAGAGUCCGGUCCACUUAAAACUAAUUCUUGGAAAGAUGAAGUAUUGCAAGACAUCGUCAAGCUUAAUAAGAUCUUACGCGAUCCAUACUCAUGUUUGAAGAACCCAAGAGCUCUAGUCAAUAAUUGUGAAAUGUUUAAAAGACUUAAUGACUUUUUAUUUGAAGAAGAAGAAGCGAUAAAAGCACCUAAAUCUGACCCGUUCCUUAUUAAAAAGUCCGAACCAAAAGAUUAUUUGAAGCAAAAGUAUGAUGAUAAAAUGUUUUUCUCUGAAAACUACUGGUUGUCGCCUUUUGAAGAAACCCCAAGAGGUCCAAAGUAUGAAACCAUGAAAAAGGAAGAUGAAACUUAUUUUAUGGAGCACACUCUUUCCAAAUCUCGAAAUCAUCUUUUGAUACAAAUCUAUUUCAUAAGUUGUCUUUUUUAUCAACUAGUAGGUAGCAACAAGAAACAAUUAUUAAAAGAUAUAAAUGCUCCAGCUAAUAUUAAACAUAUAACUGAUGAUGCCACUCCAGAAUCAGCAGUGAAUAUUUUUUUCAAAAUCAGAAAAGAUAUGAUUAACCGCUACAAAACCAUUGACACUCAAUUAUCUUUCUUGUUACAACAUAUACAGAACUCAGAAUUACAUUGGUGGGCUUGGCUAAUCUAUAGUAAAGACCCUGUCACUGGGAAACCAUUAUUUUCCGAUCGAGAACUCACCGACCAAGAUCUUGAACUUGUUAAUGAAAAGACUGCAUCGGUGAUACCUUUCAAAGAAAAACGAUAUUUCAACACUUAUGGAACUCCUCAAUUAUCUAGAAAAAUGAAGGUACCAACUGGACUAGAGCUACUCCAGAAAACCUCAGAAAAACCGGAAAUCGAUCAAAAUGAUAUCGACCAGCUUACGGAAAAGAUAAAGCAUUCUACAGAUAAAACGGAACAAGAUGGGCUUGUGGAAGAAAGAACGGUUCUUCAAUGGAAGAAAUUAAAGCAGCAGAGAAUUGGUAAAUGGUUAGAUUUGGGUGAAUUGCUAAGCGAAGAGAAAAUCUCUGCUCCGGCUCUUAAGAAUGAUACUGCUGACCCUGCCACUAAUCACGAGAAUACCAAGAAUACUCAAGAGUCCGAACCAUCCACUGAAGUCGAU